AUGGCGGCGCUGAGAGGCUGGUGCUCUGCGGGCUCGCUGGCCAAAUGUCUGCUGAGAAAGGCGGAGAGAAGCGUCUCUAGUGCGCAGCGACUUUCGGAUACCCGCAGACUGGUGCGUGUCACUUUGCUGUGUCUCGAUUUCGGGAACGAGGAUAGUUCUUUGUUCUCCUUUCCACAGGCAACUUUCCGCAGGUGGCUGCUGUGUCCUGCCAGAGUAAAUCGGGGUUUCGUCACAUGUCCGUCGCCUGGACGACACCCCCACGGGCAGCUGUGGGUGGUCAGUGUCGUGUCAGUGAGACACAGCAGCUCGCAGGUCACAGUUGAACCUGUACCCACAGCAGCCACAACGCUGGACACACCCUCCCCCAUAGCUGACUCCAGCGCCUCUCCGAACCUGCUGCCUGACACAGCCCCCAUCAUCACGCAGCCGGUUCUAGAGCAGGCGGCGGACACAGCGCCCACGGCCCUGGACGUGCUGCAGGGAGGGGGUCCGGAGCUGAGCCUCGCAGAGCUGGGCUUGGGGAGCUACACUCCCGUGGGGCUAAUUCAGAACAUCCUCGAGUUCCUGCACGUGGACAUCGGUUUGCCCUGGUGGGGGGCUAUCGUGGCUGGUACGAUUCUGGCCAGGUGUGCCGUGUUCCCGGUGAUCGUGAAGGGCCAGAGAGAGGCGGCGAAGCUCAACAAUGUCCUUCCUGAGAUGACCAAGCUGAGCAACCGCAUGAACGAGGCCAAGAUGAGCGGGAACAAAUUUGAGUUCUCCAAGUCCUACUCAGAAAUGAUGCUCUUCCAGAGGAAGCACGAUGUGAAUCCUCUCCGCGGGUUUCUCGUCCCCUUGGUGCAGGCCCCUGUCUUCAUCUCCUUCUUCAUCGCCCUCAGGAAGAUGGCUUACCUCCCAGUUCCCAGCAUGCAAAGCGGCGGGAUAUGGUGGUUUCCGGACCUCACCGCAGCUGAUCCUUUUUAUAUCCUGCCGCUGGCUGUGACAGGGACCAUGUUCGCCAUUCUCGAGCUUGGGGCCGAGUCAGGAGUGGACAACCCCAACCUGCGGGCAAUGAAGACAGUGUUCAGGAUCAUGCCCUUCAUCAUCCUGCCCCUCACCAUUAACUUCCCUACGGCAGUGUUUACCUACUGGUUGACCUCUAACCUCUUCUCGCUGGGCCAGGUGGCCUUGCUAAGGCACCCUGCAGUCCGUAGGAAGCUGAAUAUCCCUGAGCGCAUUAAGCACCCCUCUUCUGCCCUGCCAAAGAACGAAGGCUUCAUCAAGAGCAUUAAGACUGGCUGGAAAAAUGCUCAGCUGGCCCAGCAGCUCGAGGAGAGAGAAAAUCGAAUAAAGAACCAUCUGGACCUUGCAGCCAAAGGUCCCUUGAGACAGACCUUCACCCACAAUCCCUUGCAGCAGAUGGCAGCAUCCAGCACAACAGUAAAAGCAGCCAGUCCCAAGUCACGGUUAGAGACCACAGGCAGCAAGAAGAAGCCAUGGGAGGAAACGAUUGGAUAAACGGAAAGGAGUGAGAAUCUGGGUGAUCAAGCUGUAUAUAUAGUUUUAGAUGAAGGGAUCAGGAGUAACCUGAUCUGUGCUGCUUCUCUGGAUGUUUCACUCCCGAUGGAGGGAGUUUAUGUGUGACCUCCUGUUUGGGUUGGGGUGCAGAUGUAUAAUUAAUGUAAUCUC